GCCGCCUCGGGUCUCUCGUGAUGUUCCGAUCCACCGCUUGGCGCCUGUUCCGCGGGUGCGAAAGAUCAUGGGCGCCCUUCAGUACGCGUGCCUGGUACGAGAUGCUGAAGGAAAGAGGCUUGGGGAAGCCAAUGGCAGAGAGUUCUGGCCGAGAAAGCAUAUUGGGGCCCAAAAGACCGCUGGGCCGUGAGAACCUGCUGAGGCUACUGGCAGCAUCAGUGGUGCACAGAGAUGAUGGACUCGUGGCCCUCAGCAAACCCCCUGGCUUGCCUGUGACAGGCAAACCAGAAGACCUAACUUUGCUGUCUCUUCUACCAGAUCUAAGCCAGAAUCUGGGCCUCCCACAGGAUCUCCAGGUGAUCAAAGCUGCCCAGAAGGAGAGUUCUGGACUUGUUCUGCUCUCGGGUUGCCCAAGCACCUUCCAGCGUCUCCGAGACUUCUACAUUAAGAACCAGAGAGCAAAACGUCCAACCGCUUCCUACUGCGCGGUCACUACCCGGAUCCCUGCGGCUUUGGAGGGGGAAAUCCGUACAGGCCUCAAGCUGAUGCAAAUUGAAGAUUUCGACCUGGUGGUGCCAAUGGCUUCCCCGUCUCGGAACAGCAUUGAAAGGAGGGAGGUAAAAAACACACUGACGCUUUACAAGGUGCUGGACUCCUGCAACGGCUGUGCCUUGCUGCGGCUGCAGCCCUUGUCAGCCUUCCCUAGCCAGCUGCCGGUGCACCUGACCCUGAUCCUGAGCCCUGUGCUGGGGGACCACGUGUAUUCUUCCCGUGUGGGGACUGUCCUGGGAGAACCUUUCCUCUUGCCUGCUGAGACUACCCUGCCUCGGAUACAGGUCCUAGAAGAUCCUCUGCUGAGGAAGCUCCACCUGCAGCAGCAACUGGUGCACCGCGUGCCGCUUCACCUCCAUCUGCACCAGCUCCUUCUCCCUGCCACCGGCUCCUCCACCUCCAGACCUGUGCUCACGGCCCCUCCACCAGCUUUCUUCCUGCAGACGCUUUCUCUUCUGGGACUUGACUUGCCACAGGACAAGCAGGGAGGGGAGAUGCCCAAAGUGUUUGCACCAGCGCAAUAACCGCAGUUCGCCCCGGUCAGGAGGACGUGGUGACCUUAAAGCCAGGAGCCCGGAUUAGGGGAGGGAGCCUAUUGCUGCAGAAAGGAAGGACUAUCUUGUCCAUUGCUGACAUGAUGCUCCCACAGCUGGUGCAGACGUGAGGCUGGGGAAAGUCCCUUUCUUAGCCUUUGCCUGGCCUAACCUGGCCACAGAAGCUGUUUCAAGGCUCGCUCGCUCUCUUUAUAAAGCACAAAGGAAGUCAGAUUCAACAGCAGCCUUGGUUUGCCAUGAGGAAUUGAACCUCAAUGGCCUCCUAACCGGCACUCUUCCUGUGUCUGUAUGAUGGUGUCGUGGUAACAUCAGACAGCAGCUCAGUUUAGGUGCAGGCCAGGGAAGGCAGGGCACGCCCAGUACCUCCUGCAAUCAGUGUGAGUGCUCCACUUCCAUUAACUAACUUAAAUGGGAUUUAUGCACUCCAUAGAUUGGGCGAGUUACAAUUAUUGCAGCACUGAGACCAAUGUGCUGAGCAUGUAUCCUGACAGAUGUGGCAGCACCCACCUGUUGGAUUGCUUGCCAGGGGGAUAGCAACGGAGGCCUUGGAUACCCAGGUACUGCUACUGCCCUAUGAAUGUGAGGGUAGGCCUUUCUCCUAUUUAAUAUCUGCAUUUGCUAAAUACAAAUUGUAGCCCU